AUGGGGCUGCCCCGGCAGCACCUGCCCACAGGCCUCUCAAGAGUUGGGGUCCAUGCGGGGGCCCACAUGCCCCCUGGCAGCAGCAUGGACCCCCAAGCUCCAGGGAAGGGGCUGGCAAGUGACCGGCUGCAUGAGUGUCACAUUAAUAAGAGCCAGGGCCCCCACCAGUUUGAACCCGGGACCUGGAAUGUCCGGGGUCCCGAGGUAUCUGCGCUGAUGGCCUUGAGCUUGAUCUCACACUGCAGUAACUCUCAGGGUGUUGGGGCCUGGCUCACCUGGCUGGCCCAGCGCUACCACCCCGAUCGUUACCGCGAGCCCGGCGACGAGGGCCCCGUCGGGACGCCACAGAGCGCCGAGGAGGCUUUCCUGCUCGUGGCCACCGCCUACGAGACGCUCAAGGAUGAAGAUGCACGGCGUGAUUAUGACUACAUGCUGGAUCACCCGGAAGAAUACUUUCGACAUUACUACCACUACUACAGCUGGCGCUUGGCCCCCGAGGUGGACGUCAGCGUGGUGAUUGUGAUCAGCGUGUGUGCCAUAUCCUUGUUUCAGUUUUUCAGCUGGUGGAAUAGCUACGAUAAGGCCAUCAGCUACCUAGCCACAGUGCCUAAGUAUCGCAUCCAAGCCAUGGAGAUUGCCAAGCAACAGGGAUUGCUGAGAAAAGCCAAAGAGAAAGGCAAAAAGUCCAAAGAGGAGAUUCGUGGGGAGGAGGAGAACAUCAUAAAGAACAUUAUCAAAAGUAAAAUAGAUAUAAAGGGGGGCUACCAGAAACCCCAGAUCCGUGACCUUCUGCUGUUUCAGAUUCUCUUAGCCCCCUUCCACGUAUGCUCAUAUAUAGUGUGGUAUUGCCGGUGGAUCUACAACUUUAACAUCAAAGGCAAAGAAUAUGGAGAAGAAGAAAGACUAUAUAUUAUACGUAAAUCUAUGAAGAUGUCAAAGUCUCAGUUUGAUAGUCUAGAAGAUCAUCAGAAAAAAACUUUCCUUAAAUGGGAGCUCUGGAUAAAGGAGAAUUAUGAGAUUUACAAACAAGAACAAGAAGAAGAACUUAAGAAAAAAUUAGCAAAUGACCCUCGCUGGAAGAGAUACAGACGGUGGAUGAAGAAUGAAGGGCCAGGCCGGCUAACUUUUGUGGAUGACUGAGAGGUUAGGGGAGUGCUGGGCCAGGCCUUCCUUGUCAUUCCUUUCAUUACUCAGCUCUCUUAGACAUGUACCAACUGCUCCUCAGCAAGGAAUGAAAGUUCCUCAAGUCUGAUUAAAACAAAAGAACAUAAAAUUGUAAAUUUACACUUAAAAUUUCUAAGACAUUUAUGAUUAUCCAGUUUUUAUAAUCAAUUUGUGGAUAUUGUUAAAAGAUUUGACAUGAAGAUUUUUCAGUUGCCAUUAAAAAUUUUUUAUGUUUAAUUUAAAGAUUUGACAAAAAAAUUUGAUUAGAUACCAUUUAAAAUUUCUUC